GGCCCCCUCCCCCGGCGCCGGCCAAGUGAGGCGGUGAUGCGGGCGCUGGCGGCCUGGGCUGAGCCGAGAGCGGAGACACAGGCUCAAGAUGGCAGAUUCCCACUGAGGCUGAGGGGGCCGAGCUCGCGCGCCGCGUUCCCUUCUCCGUUGCCAUGAACCGCGGACACCCCGGCUCCGAUGGCCCCCGUGUACGAAGGUAUGGCCUCACAUGUACAAGUUUUCUCCCCUCACACCCUUCAAUCAAGUGCCUUCUGUAGUGUGAAGAAACUGAAAGUAGAGCCGAGUUCCACCUGGGACAUGACUGGGUACGGCUCCCACAGCAAAGCGUACAGCCAGAGCAAGAACAUACCACCUUCUCAGCCAGCCUCCACAACCGUCAGCACCUCCUUGCCAAUCCCAAACCCGAGCCUACCUUACGAGCAGACCAUCAUCUUCCCAGGAAGUACUGGACACAUAGUUGUAACGUCAGCAAGUAGCACUUCUGUCACCGGGCAAGUCCUCGGCGGACCACAUAACCUAAUGCGUCGAAGCACUGUGAGCCUCCUUGACACCUACCAAAAAUGUGGACUCAAGCGAAAGAGUGAGGAGAUUGAGAACACAAGCAGCGUGCAGAUCAUUGAAGAGCAUCCACCCAUGAUUCAGAAUAAUGCCAGCGGGGCCACUGUAGCUACUGCCACCACAUCCACUGCCACCUCCAAAAACAGUGGCUCCAACAGUGAAGGUGACUAUCAGCUGGUACAGCAUGAAGUGCUGUGCUCCAUGACCAACACCUAUGAGGUUCUAGAGUUUUUGGGCAGAGGGACAUUUGGACAAGUGGUCAAGUGCUGGAAGCGGGGCACCAAUGAAAUUGUGGCCAUUAAGAUCCUAAAGAACCACCCUUCCUAUGCCCGACAAGGUCAGAUUGAAGUGAGCAUCCUAGCCCGGCUGAGCACAGAGAGCGCCGAUGACUACAACUUUGUGCGGGCCUAUGAGUGCUUCCAACACAAGAACCACACGUGCUUAGUCUUUGAGAUGCUGGAGCAGAACCUCUAUGACUUUCUGAAACAGAACAAGUUUAGCCCCUUGCCCCUCAAGUACAUUCGCCCAGUCCUCCAGCAGGUAGCUACAGCCCUGAUGAAACUCAAAAGCCUGGGUCUUAUCCAUGCUGACCUCAAACCAGAGAACAUCAUGCUGGUAGAUCCAUCCAGACAGCCAUACCGAGUGAAGGUCAUUGACUUCGGUUCAGCCAGUCACGUGUCCAAAGCCGUCUGCUCUACCUACUUGCAAUCCAGAUACUACAGGGCCCCCGAGAUCAUCCUUGGUUUGCCAUUCUGUGAGGCAAUUGACAUGUGGUCCCUUGGUUGUGUCAUUGCUGAGCUGUUCCUGGGCUGGCCGUUAUAUCCAGGAGCUUCCGAGUAUGAUCAGAUUCGGUAUAUUUCACAAACACAGGGUUUGCCAGCUGAAUAUUUAUUAAGUGCAGGGACAAAGACAACUAGGUUUUUCAACCGUGACACAGACUCUCCGUAUCCUUUGUGGAGGCUAAAGACACCAGAUGACCAUGAAGCAGAGACGGGAAUUAAGUCAAAAGAAGCAAGAAAGUACAUUUUCAACUGUUUGGAUGAUAUGGCCCAGGUGAACAUGACAACAGAUCUGGAAGGGAGUGACAUGUUGGUAGAGAAGGCAGACCGACGGGAAUUCAUUGACCUAUUAAAGAAGAUGUUGACCAUCGAUGCUGAUAAGAGGAUCACUCCCAUCGAAACUCUGAACCACCCCUUUGUCACAAUGACACACUUGCUCGAUUUUCCCCAUAGUACACAUGUCAAAUCUUGUUUCCAAAACAUGGAGAUCUGCAAGCGCCGGGUGAAUAUGUAUGACACAGUGAACCAGAGCAAAACACCUUUCAUCACACACGUGGCCCCUAGCACAUCUACUAACUUGACCAUGACCUUUAACAACCAGCUGACCACUGUCCACAACCAGGCUCCCACCUCCACCAGUGCCACUCUUUCCUUAGCCAAUCCCGAAGUCUCCAUACUAAACUACCAAUCUGCACUCUACCAGCCCUCAGCGGCAUCCAUGGCCGCGGUGGCCCAGCGGAGCAUGCCCCUGCAGACGGGAACAGCCCAGAUUUGUGCCCGGCCCGAUCCCUUCCAGCAAGCUCUCAUCGUGUGUCCCCCUGGCUUCCAAGGCCUGCAGGCCUCUCCCUCCAAGCAUGCUGGCUACUCAGUACGGAUGGAAAAUGCUGUUCCCAUCGUCACUCAAGCUCCAGGAGCUCAGCCUCUUCAGAUCCAACCAGGUCUGCUUGCUCAGCAGGCCUGGCCAGGUGGGGCCCAACAGAUCCUGCUUCCUCCAGCCUGGCAGCAGCUGACUGGCGUGGCCACCCACACGUCAGUGCAGCAUGCGGCUGUGAUUCCUGAGACCAUGGCAGGCACUCAGCAACUGGCCGACUGGAGGAACACACAUGCUCAUGGAAGCCAUUACAAUCCCAUCAUGCAGCAGCCUACACUCUUGACUGGACAUGUGACCCUUCCAGCAGCACAGCCCUUAAAUGUGGGUGUAGCCCAUGUGAUGAGGCAGCAACCAACCAGCACCACCUCCUCCAGGAAGAGUAAGCAGCACCAGUCAUCUGUGAGAAAUGUCUCCACCUGUGAGGUGACCUCUUCCCAGGCUACCAGCUCCCCUCAGCGAUCUAAGCGUGUCAAGGAGAACACUCCCCCACGGUGUGCCAUGGUGCACAGCAGCCCAGCCUGCAGCACCUCAGUCACCUGUGGGUGGGGUGAUGUGGCCUCCAGCAGCACCAGGGAACGACAGCGGCAGACGAUUGUCAUCCCUGACACCCCCAGCCCCACGGUCAGUGUCAUCACCAUCAGCAGUGACACGGAUGAGGAGGAGGAACAGAAACACGCCCCCACCAGCACAGUCUCCAAGCAAAGGAAAAACGUCAUCAGCUGUGUCACAGUCCACGACUCCCCCUACUCGGACUCCUCCAGCAACACCAGCCCCUACUCGGUGCAGCAGCGGACAGGGCACAGCGGCGCCAGCGCCUUGGACACUAAGGGGGGCCUCGAGAGUCACUGUCCUGGCAACCCCCGCACCAUCAUCGUACCCCCUCUGAAGACCCAGGCCAGUGAAGUGUUGGUAGAAGGUGACAGCCUGGGGCCAGCAGUCAGUACCAGUCACCAUUCAUCCUCCUUCAAGUCCAAGUCCUCCAGCACCGUGACCUCCACCAGUGGCCACUCUUCAGGGAGCUCAUCAGGAGCCAUCGCCUACCGGCAGCAGCGGCCAGGCCCCCAUUUCCAGCAGCAGCAGCCCCUCAAUCUCAGCCAGGCUCAACAGCACAUGGCUGCAGACCGCACUGGGAGUCACCGUCGACAGCAGGCCUACAUCACUCCUACCAUGGCCCAGGCUCCUUACACCUUCCCGCACAACAGCCCCAGCCAUGGCACUGUACACCCCCACCUGGCUGCAGCUGCCCACCUUCCCACCCAGCCUCACCUCUACACCUAUACAGCGCCCACAGCCCUAGGCUCCACCGGCACCGUAGCCCACCUGGUGGCAUCCCAAGGCUCAGCACGCCACACUGUGCAGCACACUGCCUAUCCAGCCAGCAUCGUCCACCAAGUUCCCGUGAGCAUGGGGCCCCGGGUCCUACCCUCACCCACCAUCCACCCCAGUCAGUAUCCGGCCCAGUUUGCCCACCAGACCUAUAUCAGCGCCUCACCAGCCUCCACCGUCUACACUGGAUACCCACUGAGUCCUGCCAAGGUCAACCAAUACCCUUACAUCUAAACACUGGAGAGGGCCCGCAGGGCGCGGGGUGGAGGAGCUCCCAGCAGACCUGGGGAGCUGGGGUUUUAUACUGCAGGUGCCGCACACAGACAAUGCAAAUGGGGCAGGGAGGGGGGCAGCUGGGGGGGGACUUGAACUAGACGGGGAGGACUUAGGGCAGAGAAGAGAACGUUUUAAAGGAAGGGAUUAUGGAGUGGGAAAUCUAUGCUUUUUAUUUUAAAAAAGAAAAAGGAAAAAAAAGAAAAAGAAAAAUGUUAGUAACAAAAGAGGAAAAAAAGAAAAAAACACAGCUCACAAACCCAUUCUGCACCAAACUGGAAAGGAAAAGAAGAGCUACAGGAAGAUUCUGGAAGCAAGGGGCCCCAGUUUUUGAAGAACUUUAUGAACUUUUUAAAGAUUAUUUUCAUAUGGCAGCAAGUGACAUUGAAGAAUUUGCUGUCAGGGACACCUGAUACAGAAAUCCAAUAGAUUUUUAAUUAAUUGAACAUGAAAAUUAGGGAUUUUUCCAGAACUCCAAAAGGGUCAGCACCCCUUUCAAAUGUCAGGCCAUGGCCUGAGGAGGCUCAUAUUUGGGGAUUGGUCUGGGGUUGACAAAGCCCAGUUCUGGCUCAUUAGUCAGGAAUAGUGGGGUCAGCCAGACUGAUGGAAAGAAGACCCCUCAGGAGAGGGGUGGGUUUCCUCUUUUGGGGCAUUCUGGAUAAAUCUCUAAGCAAUGUUAUUCCUCAGAUGUCAUUAAUAAUGUGUGUUGCAGUCUUUGAUUUUUUUCUUUUCUGAGACUUUUUUUUUCUCUUUGAAUCUACCCCUAGUCGUGUACAUAGGGCUAGUGGUCGUCACGGACACCCUCGUAGAAUGUAGCACUCUGCACCCUUGUUUCCUACCUUGUGUUCAACUCCAGUGAUACCAAUAGACUAUUCCUCAAUAUAAUUGCACAAAAAAGUGAUAUAACAUAGGCAUGGAACCAAUGUGGUGGUCUAGGUGAACGAGUGAGUGUGCAUGAGUGUGCACGUGUGGGUGUGAGCAGGGCUGCCACCCUCCCUGUGUGUCCCUUGGCACCGCCGUCACAGCCCUUGCAGUCUUGAUUUUACAUCAUUCCCUCCUAGUGCCUUAACGACCGACAGACAGACAGACAGACAGACAGACAGACACGGUGAAGGGUUUACUUCCACUGGUACUCCAAGAAACUGGCUGGGGCUGGUCAGAUACGUUCUCAGCUCUGUGUUAAGCUGUUAGAGUAUUUUACUUGGGUCUUUUUGUUUUUGUAUCAUUUUAAUGUCAUGUGGAUUGUCUUUCCUGGGCUCAUUGUGAGCAGAAGGAUUUUAAAGAAGCUUGCAGUAGAAGGGGAGGAUCACGGGUCAAGGAUCUUGAUCAAGGAUCAAGAGGGAUGUGGAAGCCAGGUGGGGGCACACUGGUGACAGCUGGUUCUCUUGCUGAGCUUUACUCUGAGGGCAGAGGUCCAGAGAGACUUCCUGCCUGCCCUAGCUCUGCCUCAUAUGGCGUGCGGGGCUCUUAAGAAUGUCAGCUUUGCCUCAGCCUCCAAGCCCACCACACCUCCUUCCUGGAGCCGUAUGGGGAGAAGCAGGAGACCUGUUCCCAUUUCUAGUUACCUCCCCAGGCCCACCCACCCUUCCUCCCUCCCUCCCUCCCUCCCCCCUCCCUCCCACAAGAAGCCUGAUCCUCUCAUCACACCCACACCUCUCUGCACCAGCUCCAGGGGCUGCAGUCAGACUGCUAGUGUGCCCAGCUCUCCCCUGCAGACCUCCACUGGUAAGUUUGCUGUUGCUUCUUUCCUGAAGUUAUCCUAGGCCUCCCAACACACCUUGACCUCUGCUUUUGAGAGAGAUACAGCAGGCAGAGGGGCUGGAGGGACAUUUGGGAAAACACUCCCAUGGACAAUUAAGCCUCCAAAGAAGUCUGCCCUGAACCCUCACCUUUGCACCUUUGCUACAUCUGGACGUUUUCUCCAGCUUUGAACAGUGAGGUGGGUAGGAAUUUUGUAUUCCUACUGAGAAACUCUGAAGCCAUGGAGGGUGGAGACCAGUCGGGUCCAGGAUGGGACACAGUAGCAUGGUAUGGAUUGUUUGAUCCUGGUGUGAGUCCUAGCUGGUCCCAAUCCACAUCUUCAGGUAAAAGGUCUCGUCAGCAGUCCAGACUCCCUCCCUGUCUUCCUUCUGCAGGCCCUGAGCAAUCUACUGUGAAAGGCUUUCUUCAUGAUACCUGCCCUCCUUCAGUAACAAAGCUUACUUAGCUUUUAGCUGUGAAAAACUCUGGAAACUUCCCUACCCAUCAGUUCUUAUAAAGUCCCCAAACUAGGUAUGUCUUAGUGCACCUUGGGCCAAAAAGAAGAGAUGCUGGAGCCCGGCAAGGCCUGACCCACUUCCAGCCACGGACUUGCUGGAGGCAUAAUGAAUGAAGCAGGCCUGGGGUAGGGAGCUGCAUCCUUCUCUCUUCCUGCUCAGAACCAUGUUAGCCCAAGACUGGCUUUAGCUGAAAGUGAGACAGAGGAAAAGUCAGUUCGAAGAGGGGUGGGGAGCAAAGUCUGUGGAGAAGCCCUGAGCUAGAGGCUCCCAGAGCCUCACCAGCAUGGAAAUCCAUCUGUCGCAGAGUUUCCCGUGGGGCCUUCGCACUAAGUCACCAGGCAUCUGGUCCUGACUGAGAGUGGGCCUGGCUUUGCCUCGCUGUGUGGCAGCAUCCGGAGGCCAACGUGGUCUGGAGCUGGUCGUCUGGGGGAGGGGUGACUCUGUCCUCUCCUCUCUUCUCGUCUGCUUACAUGGAAGCUUCUCACUAUCCCCACUGUGUCCUCCCCUUCCCUUUCCAGAUCAAGAGUGAGCGCCCUUGCUGCUCGUCAGGCUAGUAUUCGUGUACUGACGGUUUGUGUGGUUGCCACUGUGAUUAAGGUCAUUAUCACCUUGUUGCUCCUCUAGUCAGGGUUUGAAGUAGACAUUUAUUCCAAGUAUCUGUGUCUUCUUCGUAAUGUUGAAACUUACUUUAUUAUAGCUGUGAGUAUGAGUAGACUGGAGGGCCAUGCCGAUGUCCAAUCUCGUCAGAGGAAAAGAAAGAAAACAAAAGGAAAGGCCCAGGAAUUAGGAACCGUGUCUGUCGUCUCUGCCCAUAACUAGCUGUGAGAAAGGCCUACUGCAAAGCAGAGACCGGGCACUCGGGCCCUUCUCUGCGUGGCCCAGCAGUACACAGCCACUGUUGGGCCUCAUCUUCUAGACCCUUUGGCAGCUUCUCCCAUAUUCUCUGCGCUUUCCGCCACGUCUGAACUACUGAACUACUGACCAGAUUUUAGCCGGCCUCACAUCUGACAUUUAGCAUAAAAGGCCCCUCUCAAAGCUGCCCUAACCCCUUUCCCGUACCUUCACUCUUUCCCAUCAGCAUACUUGGAGUGUGGCUUAUCUCCCUCAAUGCAGAGACAGUGGUCCCACCCAAAAGCCAUUAGGUGUAGUGAGGGUGAUGGGCAGUCGGUGCCUCCUCGUGAGAUAGUUUUGUCUCAUUCAGUCCUGCUCAGUUACCACCCUUCUCAUUUCCCUAGUCUGCUUUGUCCCCAGACCUCCUUCCAGCACACAGUUCUAGGGAGCCAAGUCAAGGAAUGGGACACAGGGGAGCCCCACACAAAGUCCAGCAGCUGCUCAGACACUGCAGGACCCCUUCUAAAUCACUGGCAAGUGAAGGACACAGUGGGACUUGUAGCCGCCUCCCUGCUGGGCUCUGGCUCUGCCCGUCAGUGCCCGAAGUGUGGUGCUGGGUGUGUACACAUUGUCCACUGUCACUCAGACACCAGGCCCCUGGGAAGAAGGACUGAAGCACUGGCUUCCCCAGACAGAAGACAGCCGCUGUGCAAACCUUCACCCGCUCCAGCGUUGGUCACAAGCCCCUGCACAGAGCUGACUCACCAGGAGUCACAGAAGACCCGCAACAGUUAGCGUCCUCACCCACCUUCCUUCCAAGGUGCUCAGCACCGAUGCAUCCAUCCCCUUGACAAAGAAGAGGGAAGAAAGGCUGCCGUCCUUAGGACUCCGUACACUCUCAGUGGGAGGAGGCCCGCUUUGUCCUUAAUGGACCGUGUGUCCCUGGUGCACCCUCUGGGCCCUCUCUAAUGAAUGAACACUCCUCAGCAUGAGGAGGACGAGGAGGAAACACGACUGUGAAAACCUCCGCUGCUCGCUGGGUUCUUACUGACCAUCCGGGCCUUAGCACCCAGGUCUCUGUGUUAGUAUGUUGGGGUGAUGUUUUAGGAGAGCAGAUGAGCAGGCCAGUGGGUAGGCAAGGCUGGUGUUAGUGUCAGUUAACCCUGUGAAGUGGAUGUGGUUGAUGUGAUUCAGAGGAGAGGGGGUGGGGUGGCCCAGUGUCCCCUGGACUGUAUUCAGAUUUCUCUCCUUCCUGGUGGCAAAGUUGUUUUCUGCUAUAAAAGCCAACUUGGCUUUGUUCUCUUUGCCUCUAAGGACUGGAACUGACCGACCACAGUGUGGAGCAGGUCAGGAAGGGAGGCCAGCCCAGCAGAGAGGACCUCCCUGGACCAGGUCUCGGGAGUUGCAAACACUCUUUUUGAACAGUGUGGUGGAGGAGUGGGUUGGGUGAUCGUAGGGAGUGGAGUUAAUGUUGAGGAGGCUUAAGGAAGUAUUACUGGUGGUUCAUGGUAGUGAGGGUGAUUGGGUCCUCACUCUGCCCCUCCCUCCCCCAGGUUCUCGUCGUCUGGCUGAGGGCAGGGGAGGGAGGGUGUGAGCAUGGCUCUUGCUGGCCUGCCAAACAGCUGCUAGGACAAAAAACAAACAGAAGGAAAUUGCUUGGUGCCCCAGCCAGCAGACAGAGUUUGAUGAGAGGCAAGGUACCUUCCGUGGCCCGGCCUGAGACCGCACAACUCCCCAGCCAGCCAUUAAACCACAGCACAUUCCGGCCCGGGGCUCACAGGCCCUGCUCCUCACUCCUGUUUGUCCCUCUCUGUGCUUUGUAGAUUCUUGAAGGGGAAGCCUCAGAAUUAAGCAGGCCAGAGAUGUCCUUACCAAAUUAGAAUGGAAAGUAAAAUUGUCCCUUUCUGUAGCCAAAGAACCUUCUAAAGACACCUCUAGAGAAGAACAAAUACCAUUCAUUCCCGUUCCCUUCUGGGCAAUACUCUCUUCUCCUGCCUGCUCUUUGUACUUCACUGCAUUUGUUUCAAAACCACUCAUCUUUAAAGAGGAGUGGAGUAGUGGUCCUAAAUGCUGCUGCUCCUGGGGAACCGAGGCCCCUACAUCGCUCACAUUUGUGCUUAAUUGAUCUCAUGGUACAGUGUGGGCUAGAAAACCAGCAAGCAGACCUUCCCUGGGGACCCACACUGCACCCCCAGGCUUAGGCAGUAUCUGUCCACUUGCCUAGUCUCUACAAGCAGUACUCAGACAAAUCCAUCAAGCCUCUAGAGAACCAAAGAGGGCAAAAUGAGGCUUACUUAAUUGCAAAAGAAACCUCAUGAACACUUUGGCACUAUGGCUCACUGUAGGGCCAACUGAGUCUUUAGGGCAGUUCAUGAGAGAGCCCAGGCCGUCCCAGAAUUGCCAGAAAAGAGAUCCUGGCGGCUCCCUGUCACAGACAACACCCCCCCCCCAAUCCUUUCAGGGUCCUACAUCUCAGACCCAUGCAGGAAGGAGAACAUUACGCUGAUUGCCUCUUGCUGCACACUAGUAGUACCCCAUGUGUAAGGACUCACCAACAUUUAUUGAGUGUUCACAGUAUGCCAGGGCCUGAGCAUCCUCCCACAUCCCAGCCACACACCCCUGGCAAGAGUCAGUACCCCAUCUGACAGAUGGAAAAGCUGGCCCUCUGAGAAAGUGGCAUGUGUGGAAGGAAAAGUAGGAUCCAGUUCAGAACCCCCAAGUUUUUUAUCCUGUUUUGUUAAUCGGCACUUUCCUCUAUGAAAUUUUGUUUCCUGUUUAACUAACUGCAGUGAGCAGCCUAUCUCUAAUGAGCCGUUCAGUGAUGCUGCCUUCCCUGUGUGCCAAACACUGUGCUAAGAAUUGUGGAAUGAACCCCAUGACACCAGCCAUGUCAGUACCUGUAUCGUACAGAGCCUGCAGCCUGCCCAGGCCGCCCUCUAGUGAGAAGGGGACCGAGGGCUCAAUUCUGUCUGCGUGGCUCUAGAGCUGCGCUCACAGCCCCCAGCCUCAGCUGCAUCCCUGUGUAGCACAGUCAGUCCUGGGCAGAGUCACGCCCUGUCUUCCCUGUGACUGGACUCCAGCAGGUCUGUGCAGAGGUUCCUGGACUGGAUGCAGGUGGAAGAGGAGGAGUUCAACUUUAAGAAAACUCGGGGGUUUCUCUGGAUUCCUAGAAUUCCUUUCUAGCUUUAGUCACUAGUCACGCUGCUACAACUCUUAGGAGAGCGAAGGGAAAGUGUUCUUUUCUUUCAAAAAAAUAAACACAGAAGAUGAUUUUUCUUGCUUAGAGUUAAUCCUAGAAAGGCAAUACUAAAAGUAUAUAUAUUUUUUUCCAAAAUGCUAUUUUUUACUGUACUUGAUAAAUAUCUUGACAGCUCUGAUCUCUGUACUAGACCCUCUAUUCAGCUCUGGACAGAACCAGGAGCCAGGUUCACGCCAAAUUUGUAAAUACCAUCUGGGUCUGUGUCCAGAAACUUUUUUUUUCUAUGAAGAAACAAAAACAAACAAGAAGAAGAGGGGGAAGAUGAAGGCAAGUUGGGAAGAGGAACAAAGUGGAGUUUUCUUGCAAGAGAGACCCUUCUCGGGGAGACGGACAGAGCAUAGUGGAGCGAAGCAUCCCAGCGAGGAGGAAGUGAGGAGGAGGUGCCUCUGGCUGCUGAGGCUGGGAGCAUCACAGCCGCGGGUCAGUUCACUUGAGAGAGGACAAGAACCAGUCUAGAAGUGCUUGAGACUAGAUUUGAACUAACUUCUUUAAGACUCUAAGUAUCUGCUCAGUUGUUCGGUUGAAUUUCUCGUUUCUCUUUUCUUCUAAAAAUGUCUUUACUGACUGGCUCCAGGCUUGUUUGCCUAACUUCUUAGGUCGUUUACACAAGUUCUAAAUUCUUGUAGAACUUUAACUCCUUUGGAAGCAAACCCAACUAGUGCAGACCUGAGAUCCUGGUUGGUGUUGGUAGGUGUUCUGGAACUCCGGCAGAGCACCUGGCAAUGUUUUCAGAAGGUUUUAGAUACAUUAUCUUACACAAACUGUGACCUAAUGGCAAUAAUUACCUCAAAUGUGGGCAUUCGUCCUGGUUUUAGCCUUUUUUGAAAUCAUGUAGCCAGCCUGAUCUUGUGAUUUAAAAGACUAUGAAUUCUCUGUGGGCUGAAAGUAAGGAUGAAUGUGUACCCUGGUCACUGUUGCCGAAGUGAAUUCUGAGAAUAGCUCAUUGGUAUACCAGAGGUGAAACCAAGGAAGAGAUGAUUCUUUGUGUCAUAAUCAAUGUGAUGUUCAAGGACGGGGAGAGCAUGUUUCUUGCCCUUUGCUUUCCCCAGUAGCAAGUAAACUACGCAAUUGACUGUCGAUAUUCAAGCAUACUUUUGGCUACAUUUUAUAGUUAAAGUAUUUUAUAGUUUACAUUUAACCUGGUACUUUUUAAAAGAAAAUUGUUUAUAACUGACAUCUUCCACCACAGUGAUUGAUUGACUCUUGUGUUAGAAGCUGUGUCUCCCCAAGGCAGGCAUGUUCCACUUACACUGUUCUGUAGCCCACUGUGCACGUUUCCUUUAUUGUUGCUUUCCAGUGAACCUGAGAGAAUGUGAAAGGAAGUCUAGAGGGAAUGGGAAGGGGUGAGUCCUGAACCUGGGCCAGACGUAGAGGCCUGUGCCAUGUUGUAUCGACACUUGUUGUCAAGGCCUUCUUGACAGCAUGGAGGGGGCAGUGAGAAGUGAUCUCUGCUUCAUCACUUCUGUCUUGAUUUGAGUGCUUCCUCCGGGACUAGAUCACUCACCUGGCAGUAGAUGAUGCUGGUUCUCAGCAGCUCUGAAGGUAUGACCAGUGAAGCUUUGGUCAGCAUUUUGAGAGGGAGAACCAUACCCCUAUGCCAUGGGGUUUUCCACAUAUCACUGUUUUAGUCCUUUCUUUUUUCUUUUUUUCUUUCUUUCUUUCCUUCUUUUUUCUUUCUUUCCUUUCCUUUCCUUUCCUUUUCUUUCCUUUCAAAUAAAACCCAUGUAAAAUGCUGUGUUCUUUCAUUUCCCUAUUGUCUGGCUAAGCUAGGAAACCCAGUUGAGAGGCCUCUGCUCACAGGUGCAGGCGCUUCUGAGCCAAAGGAGCUGGGGGUGGACAGUGAAAGACGGCCCAUGGAAACUGGGUCUGCAGAGGGGGUUUACAGGGACAAGUGGGGGGCCACUGGUAGGCAGAAGACAAGAAAGGUCCAUUUCCCUGACAGUUUUGUUGGGUUUGGGUUUUUUGAGGUGUUUUUGUUUUGUUGUGUUGUGUCUUUAAGACAGGGUCUCACCAUGUAGCCCUGGCUGGUCUGGAACUCACUGUGUGGACUGAGUUUUGAUUUUUCUUGUGCCACCACUGAACUGUGGAGAACCCAUGGUGAUCUAUGGUGUGAUGUGACCGUUCCUCUAGCAGACACCUUGAGAGCUGCAGCACACCGGCCAUGCCAGGGUACCCGGAACUUCACCUCUGUUGGCUUUGCACCUGUGGCCAGUGCUGACAGCAUGCUCUUGUGAGCUGUUAGAAUGUCCUUACAGAAUGUUCCUCAUCUCACCCUUCUGAGCCAUACUCCCAGGCUCCUGGUGUGUGUGUGUGUGUGUGUGUGUGUGUGUGUGUGUGUGUGUGUGUGUGUGUGUGUGUGUGUGUGUUUUCCUUUGCACUAAUAAACCAAAUGAAUUUUGUGUCAUUGUCUUUGGAGCUAACCCAUGUUUUUAAAAAUGAGAGGUAUAAAAAUGCGCUUUUCAUUAAUAUUUGAAAAGUUAAAGUUACUGCAUCUAAAGAAGGUCUCUGCUGUGGCUCUCUUUAGGGUCCUCUCAAACCAGCUUCCAAAAUGGCUCUCUCUUGCCCCUCCCCCCAUGCAGACUCACUGCUCCCAUAGCCACCUCUGCCUCCCUGCUGUCACCACAGAUCCAUGCUCUGGCACUCAGCACUCCAGGAAGCUCCAGAGCCAACUAGCAGACUUGCUUAGCCUUGAGAGCCAUGCUCCUGCCUCCCUGCGGGGCUGGUGGCCUGCGCAUUUGCUAUUAGUACUUCGGCUCAGAUUAGGAGGAAGGACACAGGAAGUUUCAGGUGACUUGAGUGUGCCAUCCUCUAGCUUUCUGUGACUCUGAGUGGAACGAAACACAAACACACACACACACACACACACACCACGUGCCCUUCAAAGCAGAGAUUCUGUUCACACUGCCUCCAAGUCCGCUAGCCCCCUGCCCUUCCACACCCCUCUCUCUCUGUACUGCCCAUUUGAGGCUGGCUUUCUUCCAUGGGUUACCCAGGGCACAAUCAUUUCUCGCCCCCAAAGCCCCCUUCACCCCUUUGUGUGUGUGUCUUUUAACCAAAUGAAGUUGACAAAGGCGGAUGUUGGGGCUGCAGAAUUCCUAGUGUAGUAGCAGCACUGUAUAGAUAGAGAUGUUGAUAUAUAUGUUUGUGUAUAUAUAUAUCAAGCCAAAUUUCUGAUAGGAGAAGUAUAGCUUUAUGGAUGAGAAGGAAGAGGAACCCUUUAGAGGUUGGAGCCAGCCUCAGUGUGUCCAAUGAGCAAGGCACAUCCUGUUCCUUCACACAGCUAAGGCCUCAGCACCCAGCCCUUGCCGUCCACCUCACCUCAGCAGAGCUGGGAGACCGUGAGGGCUCUGUUGCUCUGCUGCUCCCUAGCCACAGAGGCACGGGAGAGUGGGGGGCAGAUCAGAAUGACGGGGUUCCCAGCCCAUUUGCUCUGACCACAUGUAUUGAGCUGCAGCCUGAUACUAUAUCACAUUUCCAAAAACAAAAGGCACUGUGAAGAUGGCGAGAGAGAUCUGUAGCAAUGCUUACCUUUCAGCCACCUGUGAGCUCAGGACGCUCUGGGCAGAAAGACAUACUCCCUAGGACAAAAACAGGGAAGAGGAGACCUGGCAAUGCCCAUCCCCAGUCCAAGGAACAAGGCUCCUUCCUCCAAGGUCAUCUCACCUAGAUAUUUCUCUACCAGGUCAUCUCAGCUCAAUCUUGAUAACCCCUUGAAAGCCCUGGCCCAUCUGUUCCUUCACUGUACGGUUUCUGUAAGAAAGUGUUAAUCCAUGUUAAUCUGUGUGGGGAUUAUUGCGUGCAACAGUAUUUUCUCGUGUACCUCUUUUUCCUCUGUGAUGUGUCUCUUUAUUUAUAAAUGUCUACUUUUUUUUUUUUUAAAGGACAAACCAGUGUGUCGUAGACCUCUAUGUAACCUAUCCCUUAGUCUCAUUAUAGGUAUGUUAUAAGGAUGGAUAUUUUACUUGGCUUUAGAAUGUUUUUCAAGAAAACUAAUUCUUAACUGAUGAAGUUGUUGCUACUAAAAUGCUCGUUUUCAUCAUGACGUCGUGCGCUUCUAAAUUAAUCAUCAUUUUCGUUGUAGAAAAAUGGAGUGAAUUUAUAUUAGUCUUGGAAACUAAUAAUAGCAUUGUAAAUUUAUGAGAUGAUUUUAACAGAAAAAUUAUAGAAGAAUAGAGUUAUUUUAAUUGUAAUAUUACUAACUGUAGGGUGAGGAAGGGGUCCUGUUGUGGUGAACUCUGUUAUAGCUUGUUACUCAGUUUCUUUUUGAUCAUAUUUUCAGUCUCUGAGGUGAAGCGAGUUAUUAAUGGGAUCUGUAAACUCACAUAUGCAUAUUGUAUAUGUGUAGAGAUGUGAUCACACUGUCUUGGAAUUACAUUAAACUGUUUGGAAUCACUGUA